UCGGGGCCCCUCCCGGGAGGAGCGUGGAGCGGCGGCGGCGGCGGCGGCGGCGGCAGUAGAAAUGAUGGAAGAAUUGCAUAGCCUGGACCCUCGACGGCAGGAAUUACUGGAGGCCAGGUUUACAGGGGUUGGCGUUAGUAAGGGGCCACUCAAUAGUGAGUCUUCCAAUCAGAGCUUGUGCAGCGUGGGGUCCUUGAGUGAUAAAGAAGUAGAGACUCCUGAGAAAAAACAGAAUGACCAGCGAAACCGGAAAAGAAAAGCUGAACCAUAUGAAACUAGCCAAGGGAAAGGCACUCCUAGGGGACAUAAGAUUAGUGAUUACUUUGAGUUUGCUGGGGGAAGCGGGCCAGGAACCAGCCCUGGCAGAAGUGUUCCGCCAGUUGCACGAUCCUCACCGCAACAUUCCUUAUCCAAUCCCUUACCGCGGCGGGUAGAGCAGCCCCUCUAUGGCUUAGAUGGCAGCGCUGCAAAGGAGGUGUCGGAGGAGCAGUCCGCUCUGCCAACCCUCAUGUCGGUGAUGCUGGCGAAGCCUCGGCUUGACACGGAGCAGCUGGCGCAGAGGGGCGCUGGCCUCUGCUUCACCUUUGUGUCAGCUCAGCAAAACAGUCCCUCUUCUACGGGAUCUGGCAACACAGAGCAUUCCAGCAGCUCCCAGAAACAGAUCUCCAUCCAGCACAGACAGACCCAGUCUGACCUCACCAUAGAAAAAAUAUCUGCACUAGAAAACAGUAAGAAUUCUGACUUAGAAAAGAAGGAGGGAAGAAUAGAUGAUUUGUUAAGAGCCAACUGUGAUUUGAGGCGGCAGAUUGACGAACAGCAAAAGAUGCUAGAGAAGUAUAAAGAACGAUUAAAUCGGUGUGUGACAAUGAGCAAGAAACUCCUUAUAGAAAAGUCAAAACAAGAGAAGAUGGCAUGUAGAGAUAAAAGCAUGCAAGACCGCUUGAGAUUGGGCCAUUUUACCACUGUUCGACACGGGGCCUCUUUUACUGAGCAAUGGACAGAUGGUUAUGCUUUCCAGAACCUUAUCAAGCAGCAGGAAAGGAUAAAUUCACAGAGGGAAGAGAUAGAAAGACAACGGAAAAUGUUAGCAAAGCGGAAACCCCCUGCCAUGGGACAGGCCCCUCCGGCAACCAAUGAGCAGAAACAGCGGAAAAGCAAGACCAACGGAGCUGAAAAUGAAACGUUAACAUUAGCAGAAUACCAUGAACAAGAAGAAAUCUUCAAACUCAGAUUAGGUCAUCUUAAAAAGGAGGAAGCAGAGAUCCAGGCAGAGCUGGAAAGGCUAGAAAGGGUUAGAAAUCUACAUAUCAGGGAACUAAAAAGGAUACAUAAUGAAGAUAAUUCACAAUUUAAAGAUCAUCCAACGCUAAAUGACAGAUAUUUGUUGUUACAUCUUUUGGGUAGAGGAGGUUUCAGUGAAGUUUACAAGGCAUUUGAUCUAACAGAACAAAGAUAUGUAGCUGUGAAAAUUCACCAGUUAAAUAAAAACUGGAGAGAUGAGAAAAAGGAGAAUUACCACAAGCACGCAUGUAGGGAAUACCGGAUUCACAAAGAACUGGAUCAUCCCAGAAUAGUUAAGCUGUAUGAUUACUUUUCACUGGACACUGACUCGUUUUGUACAGUAUUAGAGUACUGUGAGGGAAAUGAUCUGGACUUCUACCUGAAACAGCACAAAUUAAUGUCGGAGAAAGAGGCCCGGUCCAUUAUCAUGCAGAUUGUGAAUGCUUUAAAGUACUUAAAUGAAAUAAAACCUCCCAUCAUACACUAUGACCUCAAACCAGGUAAUAUUCUUUUAGUAAAUGGUACAGCAUGUGGAGAGAUAAAAAUCACAGAUUUUGGUCUUUCCAAGAUCAUGGAUGAUGAUAGCUACAAUUCAGUGGAUGGCAUGGAGCUGACGUCACAAGGUGCUGGUACUUAUUGGUAUUUACCACCAGAGUGUUUUGUGGUUGGGAAAGAGCCACCAAAGAUCUCAAAUAAAGUUGAUGUCUGGUCAGUGGGUGUGAUCUUUUACCAGUGUCUUUAUGGAAGGAAGCCUUUUGGCCACAACCAGUCCCAGCAAGACAUUCUACAAGAAAAUACUAUUCUUAAAGCUACUGAAGUGCAGUUCCCGCCAAAGCCAGUAGUAACACCUGAAGCAAAGGUAAGUUUUGACCUACUGGUCAGCAGGAAACAACUGCUCUGUUUUCUGGAUUAUCAGUACAAAAUUCAAGAGUCAUUAAAAGCCUUCUCCCCUUCUAAAUGUGUAUUUUUUCAAACCCUUACCCUCUUCACCCGCUCUCCUACAACAGAUACUUACCGAGUGCCUGUCGAGUACUAGACACUGUACUAAGUCAUAGAGAGGGAACGGUGAGUGUGUAGCAAUGAAGUACAGACAAGUUCCCUGCCUGCUAGGAGGUUCUGUUCCACCAGGUGAGAUGAACAGUAACUAACAACGGUUCCAUCUCAGAUGGUGAUAGAGGUUAUGAAGAAAAAGAAAGGGAGGGUACAAGGGUAUGGGAGCAGGAAGUGAUGUUUUUGAGCAGUCUUGAAUGAUGUGAUGGUGGGAGCCCUGUGUAGAUUUGGGAGAAGAAUUUUUUUUUGUUUUUAAGUUUAUUUGUUUUGAGAGACAGAGCAGAGGAGGGGCAGAGAGAGAGGGAGAGAGAGAAUGCCAGGCAGGCUCCAUGCUGUCAGCACAGAGCCCCACGCAGGGCUCGAACUCAUGAACCCUGAGAUCAUGACCUGAGCUGAAGCCAAGAGUCAGACGCUCAACCGACUGAUCCACCUAGGCACCCCUAAGUUUGUUUAUUUUUGAGAGCACACGAGUGCGAGCAGGAGAGGUGCAGAGACAGGGAGAGAGAAUCCCAAGCAGGCUCCGUGCUGUCAGUGCACAGUCCCAACUCGGGCUCAGUUCCACGAAUUGUGGGAUCAUGCCCUGAGCCAGAAUCAAGAGUGGGUCGCUUAACCGACUGAGCCACCCAGGUGCCCGGGGAGAAGAAUAUUUUAGGCAGAGAAGCGCACGAAGCUCAGAUGUAAGGACAGGCUCAGCAGAUCCGUAGAACAGGCAGAACAGAGGGGAGUAUGGUAGGCAGGGCAGAGGAUGCAGAAGGAACAGAGGAGAGUGUGGUAGGCAGGGCAGAGGCUGCAGGGCAGAUUGUAGACCGAGAUGGGAGAGAUGGGAAGCAUAGGAAGGUUUUACUCAAGGCAGCCGUGUGAUCUGAUGGCUGUUUCAAAAGCCUGCCCUGGAGGCUGUGUAGAAAGAAAGUUCAAGGUGGGAGUUUGACCAGUAUUGUAUCCAACCCAAAGUAACCCAUUUAACUCAAGUUACCGUGUCACAUAUCUCACUGAGAAGGGUCGUUCUUAAAGGCCAAGGAUUAUUAAGUUUAUUUCUGUGAACGCGUUUUUAUCUUCCAAAUACUUUAAUCAGGCAGCUACCUACAGGUGUUUUUUAUUUUGGAAAACCAGGAUUGUUGUUAUACUUACGUGUUUUAUUAAUUAAACAUGGGAAAAAAAUAAUACAUUUCGUGUUUUAGGUUGUUUUUUUUUUUAAGUAGGCUCCACACCCAGUGCCAAGCCCAACACCAGGCUUGAACUCAACGACCCUGAGAUCAAGACCUGAGCUGAGAUCAAGCGUCGGAUGCUUAACUGACUGAGUCACCCAGGCGUCCCUGGAUUUUUUUUUUAAUAGACUUUGUUAGACUUUAUUUUUUAAAGCAGGUUUAGAUUCAUAGCAACACUGAGCAGAAAGUAGAGAAUUCCCAUGUACUUCUGUCCCCACACAUGCACAACUUCCCUCACUGUCAGCAUUGUGCACCAGAAUGAGACAUUUGUUACCCUCGAUGGACCCUACUUGGGACAUUAUGAUCACCUGAAUGUAAAGUAUGAUCUUUGGGUGAUAAUGACAUUUUAGAUUUUUAAAAGUCCAAUUCCUGUAUUUAAAAUAAUUGCAUUAUGAGACUUUGAUUAAAAUGGUCUGGUUAAAAAAUAGGAAAAGAUAAACCAUCUGUUUAAGGGCCUCUGUGAUACAAAUUACAGAAACUGAUCCUGUGUAGCCCUUCAUACCUAGCACAAAGGAAGCUUCCAUGUUGGUAGUAAAUUAGGAUUCUUUUUUUUUUUUUAAGUUUAUUCUGAGAGAAUGAGCUAGUGC